ACGUCCGCAGGGCAGCGGGGGAGCGGCGGGCGGCGGGCAUGGCCGCUGCCUGGAGGCGCGCGCUGCUGGUCCUGCUGGCCUCGCACGUGGUGUCCGCGGCGAGCUCCUCGGACGAGGACGAAGUUCCCGAAGAGUGGCUCCUCCUGCACGUUGUGCAGGGCCAGAUAGGAGCCGGGAAUUACAGCUACUUGAGGUUGAAUCACGAGGGGAAGAUUGUUCUUAGGAUGCAGAGCUUGAAGGGAGACGCAGACCUGUACGUGUCGGACAGCACCCUGCACCCGAGCUUCGACGACUACGAGCUCCAGUCCGUCACGUGCGGCCAGGACGUGGUGUCCAUCCCCGCGCACUUCCAGCGCCCCGUGGGCAUCGGCAUCUACGGGCACCCGUCCCACCAUGAGAGCGAGUUCGAGAUGAAAGUGUACUUCGACCGCAGGAUCGAGCAGUCCCCGUUUGCCGAGGUCGCGGUCUUCGAUGGCAGGGACCCUGCGCACAGGCACGCCCACGCCCCCGAGGACGCGCCCCAGGAGGAGGAGUCCGUGCUCUGGACCAUACUCAUUAGUAUUCUGAAACUGGUCCUCGAAAUCCUGUUCUGAUUCACUGAACAUGCUCUGGAACCUGGGAAGUUGAUUGCAGUUCUCUCUGAAUCCAGCUACCCUGGUCUGGUGGAAAUUCUGGUUACUUUAAUUGGGGGGUGGAAAAAUAAAGCCAUACAGUUUUGUUACCUCAUAUACCCCAAAAGUAGGGAAAGCAGCAAGAACGAUGUUUUUUUCCUCCAAAUGUCAAAAUUCCUGUAAAAGGAAUACGCACAAUAAAAUGUUUAAACUCCAGUUUGAUUAGCUUGUCAGGUGACUAAAAAUAUUGCAGUAACCCAGGUAUAUAUAAAAUAAAUCGAAACAGAGCAUCAGAUUAAAAGGUUGGUAGCUAGAACUGUAUUCUGGUUAGAUUCCCAAUGCAGUUACAACGUGUAGACCUUGAAGAGUUACUAAAAGCAAGUCUGAAAUGUAAUGAUUUCUGGGGAUUUGCGUGGGUAUGGGGCAAAAGCCCCGUGCCUGUUCCCCAGGUCAAGUGGGCACCCGUCUCCAGACAGAUUUCCUGGCAGACCCAGGUUCCGAAUCUCAUCAGGUCAUUUGUUAUUUAUCACCUUGGGCUACCUAUUUAAAAUUCUUCUAUCAUUAAGAUAACUGUUAUGCUACCCACAAUAGGCCAGAAACAAUAUAGACUAGGAAAAUUUCAUGCAAAUACUAGUCACUUUCAGGUCAAUGGAGAAAUAGUUGAGUAUUUCAAUUAAACUGCCUAAUAUUUCCAACUGAAUUUCUGGAUAGAGCCAAAGUACUAAGAGAUUAAAAGAAACUUUUGGAAAAUGAACUGUUAUUUCUCUACUUGUAAUUGGUUUCAAGGGUAAAAGUGGCUUAUAACAAAUAAAUCAACUUGCAGAUUUUAAGCACAUAGUUAAUUUCAGAAUCUUUUAUUGGCAUAAAAUUGAGAAUGUAAAUAAGCUGGCACCAAAUAUUUCAUUUAAAUCCAUAUUUUAUCCCUCUUUGCUGUUUUUCCCCCUUCUGCCCACUUUCCUGGGUGUUGGGGGGGCUCGCUGACAACAGUCACAAAUCCAGCGACCUAGGAGAAAAAUUGUUAGUUAAUAAUAGUACGAAAUUUAAUUCUUUAGGACUGAAUUUUAAACCCAUUUGGCUCUCCUUCCUUAGCUAUUGCUGAUGAUACUUUUCUGUGGAUUUGUGAUGUGUAGGACACUAAUGAGUUUCUUAAGGAGAAAAAUGUAAACUUCCCUUCAUCAGUGUAAUCAAUACCAUAUGAAAUUCAGUACCAAUGGGGGGUGGGGUGGGAGGAGCGAUUCUAUACAAUGAUACGGAUUUUAAAAAAUUAUUACAAUCCUUUCUGAAACCUAAACAGUAUCCUACUUGCAGAGUUCAAUACUACAAACCUCAUAUAAAACCUGUUAGAGGGCUUGGCUUAUUUUCCAGCCCUUUUCUCUGCUGCUCAGUGGCAGUUCCCAAGGCCUGGUGUACCAGACACAGCAUUUAAAACUGAUCAGUGAUAAACUGUACCAUGUACUCCAUCUGACUUAACUACAGAACUUCAAGUUGCCUGCUUCUUAAUGAUUCCCAGGAAACUUAGUUCUUGGCAUAUAUUUUAUAAAAGUAUUAUACAGUGUUAACUAUGCAAAUAAGUUCAGAUUUACACAAUUAUGUGUAAUAUUUUAGUCCAAGUACUGUGAUUUAUUCUUCAACUCUGUGUUCAUUCCAAAGUUACCUGGAAUUGUCAUGCUGCCUCAUUUUAUAUAAAUCUGGUUUAAUAUUUAUAAAGGCAUAGCAGUCAUUUUUGUUAAGUUUCUGAAUAGAUGAUAUAAAAAUAAAAUCAAGGCUUUGAAACAAA